GAGAGAUAUUUCAGCUAUUUGUUUGCGCACGAAAAUAAAAACAAAUUCGAAUACGGGAAGAAAGGUAGUUGGAAAUUGGAAUCCUCGUCUGUUUGAUAGCUCUCGGAACUUCCGGCGGAUACCACCACCACCACGUCCCCACGCCGGCGGAUACCACCACCCCCGCUCCGACGGAGAAACUGAGCUAUCAUCGAUCAUCUCUCCGAUAAAUCCCACUCAGCCUCUCUCCCCCGUUUCGGUAAGCUCUGAUCCCUUUUCUCCUCGUGCCAUUUGCCUUCUUACGUAAGUGCGAUUGAUGCUCGCAUGGCCUGCAGAAGUGAUUGUGUUUGGUAGGGAGAUUGGUAGUGAGCGUUUCUGUUUUCUUGCUCUCUAAUUUCAUCGCGUAAUCUCGUCUCUGUUUGUAAGAAUUGAUGCUUCGAUACUAUCUCGCGGACUUUCCUGCUUCUUGUUUCAUGCCGAUUUUCCCGAAUUAAAACUGGCCGGAAAAAAAAAAAACGCUCCGGCUAGAUCUGUAUCCCGAUCACUAGACCCCGGUACGCAAAGGCAAACGUGCGAUGAUAGUAUUUCUUGUGGCUGAAGUCUUCUGGAAGACUUUCCCCUUCCAAUUUCUUUUUGCCUACAAUUAAUGUUCCCCCCUUUAUUGCCCUUCUUUACCUAAUUCGUUGUUUUAUUAGUAUCAGCUUGAAUUCACUGUUUUCGUGAUUAUGGUGUAAAAGAAUGGAUCUUGGUGUCUUGAACCACAAUGUUUUACCCAGAAUUGUACGAUCUUGUAUGUAUUUUUGGAUGGGAGCUCAAGGUCUGCUAGAAGUUUCUGAGUUCUUGUAGCACAGUGACCGCUUUGUUUAGUGUGCUUGGCUCUGUGUGUUUUGGCAGCAGGGGUUAUUUGUGUAUAUGGAAAUGGUGAUGGUUGUAGAGUUUUCCCCCCUGAUUCAAUGUUUACAUGAUUGUUCUCUUGUUAUUAUCUCAAAAAGGGAAUGGAAAAGACGAUCAGAAUGCACAAGCCUUCAGCGUCUUUCGAGUACGAGCUUUUUGAUGGAGACCCCGACCACCUGAGAACUGUUGUCGCUACACCUACCCAGAUUGUGCCGUGGAUCAAUCCGUCCGAGUUGAAGUUCAAGCACAGGAUUGGGCGAGGAACAUUUGGUGAUGUGUGGUUGGCAACGCACCAUCAGUCUUCCGAUGAUUUUGACGAGCACCAUGAAGUUGCUGUCAAGGUGCUGCACCCUCUAAAGGAAGACCUAGGGCAGAAGUUUGUGGAGAAUGUUGAAGGCCUGUUCUUGAGAAUGAGAGAACUCCAGGGGGUUUGUUGGUUGCAUGGUAUCUCAAAGAUAAAUGGCCAGAUUUGCAUUGCAAUGAAAAUCUAUGAGGAAUCAAUUGCUGACCAGAUUGCUAGAUCAAAAGGAGGCAAGCUCAAACUACCAGAUGUCAUGAGAUAUGGCAUCGACUUGGCAAGAGGAAUCCUACAGUUACACUCUCUUGGUUUGCUGCUACUGAAUGUCAAACCUUCUAACUGCCUUCUCGAUGAGCAUGACCAUUUGAUCAUUGGGGAUUUUGGAAUCCCUUACCUUCUUCUAGGAAUACCAUUGUUGAAUUCAGAUGUAGCCUUGAGGCUUGGAUCUCCAAGUUACAUGGCCCCAGAACAAUGGGAACCAGAAGCAAGAGGUCCCUUGUGUCUCGAGACUGAUUCUUGGGGUUUUGGAUGUAGCAUUUUGGAGAUGGUGACUGGAAUUCCACCUUGGUCCGGGAAAUCAUUGCAAGAGAUUUAUAAAUCUAUUGUGCUUAAGCAAGAGAGGCCAUCAAUACCAAAUGGGUUGCCUCCUGCUGUGGAAAAUGUUAUAUCCGGCUGUUUUGAGUAUGAUCCUCGGAACAGACCUUUAAUGGAUGACAUCCUGGCUGCAUUUGAAAGCUCGCAGGUUUCUGUUCAAGCCGAUGAAGGAUGGAUUAGUCCACAGCGAAGUAGUAGAUCAUUCCAAGAAAAGUCACCUGUUGUUGGCUAUACAACCUGGUAUCUCUCAAAAGAUUAUCUCCAAGUAGAUGACAUUGUCCGUUCAAGAAAACCCCUGAAUGCACAAAAGCCGCAGACCACACCUUUGCAGAAGGGAACAGUCGUCGGAACAAACUCCGAUAGAUCCGGACUCAUUCUGGUGAAGAUUUCCGGAGUUCACAACCCUGUGAAGAUACAGGAGUCCACCCUCGAGAGGGUUACAUAUGGUCUUUCAGCUGGUGACUGGGUUCGCCUGAAGGCCGACAACAAGUGCAACCACUCUCGUGUCGGCAUUCUCCAUUCCGUCAAACGCAAUGGACGUGCAGCAGUUGGAUUCGCAGGCCGUGAAAUCCUCUGGAUGGGAGACGCUUCUAAGCUUGAAGUGGCUCAGCCUUACUAUCUGGGCCAGUUCGUACGACUGAAAGCCGACGUAUCUUCUCCUCGGUUCAGUUGGCCUCGCAAGGGAAGAACUGGUUGGGCCACUGGCCGAAUUUCACGCGUGCUUCCUAACGGAUGUCUCAUGGUAAGCUUCCCAGGACGGUUUGUGUUCAGAGAUAACAAUUCAGAAUUCUACUUGGCAGAUCCAGAACAGGUGGAGCUCGUCACCUUCGGAACAUGUCCUGGGAUCGUCGAGAAAUACCAGCACGUCGAGGAUUUCCAUUGGGCGGUCAGACCGUUAGCUGUUGCACUGGGCGCGUUCACUGCAUUGAAGCUUGGGAUGUCUGUCGGGCGAGCUGUGAGCUGCAAACUGGGGAAGGGAUCCAAGUCGGAUGAGAACAAGAUUGGUGGAAACACGGCUUGGCUCCCGCAACCUGUUGCCAACAUAAUAAAAGAGAUGCACUCUUGACCAAACAGGUUCGACUCCUGUUUCCUGAAUGCAAGCAAAUGGCAAAACCGUAAACAAAGCUUCUAAGUGUACAUGGUAUCGCUGUCUCUGUAAUUCCCUCCUCCUGUGUAGGUUUUUUGUAAUUCAAGAACGUUUCAGAUUCGUUCCUUUCUGGUGUUCCAGUUUACUGUUUCUUUUUGCAGUCUUGUUCCAAGUUAUAAAAUGAUGCAGAUAUC